AUGUUCCUGGUGGAGAUGGUUGGCAUCUCUGCUGUAACUACCGGCGACGACUUCUGCCUCUCUCUGUCUCAGGCGGAGCAGAAGUACCAGAAGGAGGAGAAGAGAACUCGCGCGGUGAAGUACACGAUCGUCGAGAGCUACGGUGGCGCCCUCCUGCCGGUCAGCAAGGGUUGUCGCGUGCUGUGCGGAAUCCCGUACUCGGACGAGCCGCGCAUACGGUUGGAGACGGGCGACGAGGUCCGCGUGACGCGCUGGAAGAGGCACUGGAUGUACGGCGAGCAGGUGACGCAGCCACCGAUGACCGUCCCGCCCCGCGGCUGGUUCCCACGGCGAUGCGCGGUGGAGCUCAUCAACGGAGACUGCGACUUCCCGCCUCCCAGAGUCGCCAAGAAGAAGCAGAACUGAAGCGGACGUUACCGCGGCGACCGCGUUCGGCUAACCGGCGAGGGAGGCCGAGUUCUCUCACAGCUACGUGGCGCCAUCUAGCAGCUAUACGAGCAACCUACUUCACGGCGACUAGGUAAUGGCGAGUGAAGGAUAGACGGGCGCACACCUAGAGCCACUUCCAAAAUCUGCUCGUUCCUGCUGAAUGGUGGCAGUCUAUGGAUGGCAGCUGUACAGGUUUUUUUCUUGACAUUCUUGUGAAACGAUCGCUUGGAGUUUGCUGACCACAGCCUGCAAUCGGUUCGUUAACCGCCGUUUUUAAUUAGGUUGUAUCGAGAGUAUAUUUCGUGUUGUUUUGUAUAUUUUGACGUCGUUUUAUUCCAGAACUGUUAAAUAAUACUUGUUCUUAAUUGUGCUGAUAAUCGUACUGUGAGAUUGGAAUUACGGGAAAUAUUUUUCGAUUGAUUGAUGAUGGCGUCAUGAUAAGGCCGAUGAAAGUUGAUUUCAUGGUUCUCGUCAGGCAUUGUUGAGAUUUUGAUGAGGGAUUUAGAUCAACAUUCAUCUUUCAUCUACAAACCAAUAGAACUUAGUGAGGGUAUCAGGUCUUGUACAUAUGCAAAAUAAGAUUGAAAAAUGUCAUAACUUCUUUGU